AGAUAAGCGGCAGUGACGUACUUGUUGUGAAAGUACGUCACACGGUUUGAGCCAAAGGCGGCAGAGAUGAGAAAUUUAAAAUUUGCGGGCUAGCUCGUUAGCUGCUAGCUCACGUCUCGGACCUAUAAUCAGGUAACUUCAGCUCGAGAAUCAUGGCUUCGUAUCUUGAUUUAUUACAACAGACAAAACCGCAGUUUGAAUCUCCGGCCAAAGUUUUUGCUAAGCUCAAAUCCAAGGUGCAAAAGGAAGCGAUGUGCGCAAAAGACGGCAACGGUCCGCCGAACAACGCUCGAGAGGAGCACAGAGUUAAUUUAAAGUCGCCCAGGAAGCAGCAGCAGAGGAUCUGGGUGACCGACGAAUUCGAUGAGAAUCAGAGGUUCGGCAGCGAAGCCCAGCCUUUGAUCCUCUCGCCCAUUAAGAGUCCACAGAAAACCUCCCUGUGUUCGUAUUCAGACUUUAUCCGCAAGUCUUUGGAGGAAACGCCUCCAGUGGUUGAAAUGGGACUUGGAUGCACAAGAAGCGAGAGACGUUUCCUGGAGUCGACAGCCGUAUCUCACCCUCUCUUUCUGACUAAUCAUAUCCACAAAGAACCUCCUCAGGUCAGAGACUCGGAUCGGUUCAUCGUGUCCAGCAGGACUCCGUUGAAGGUUCAACCUGUCGAAAGUGACUGCAAGAGCAUUGCUUCUGAUGAAGAAUGCGCUCCUCUCCACCAACCCGUGUCUACAGCCAGUGCCUUUUCCCCGAUGGUGAAGAGGCUGAGGAAGAGAAAAUGGGAGCAGCAGGAGUUUAACAAAGUCAACAGCACUGAGGAGGUGAGAAAUGAACUCACAUGUCAGCCUCGGCAAAGGAAAGCCCCUGCUCUCAGCGAGGAGAACACCCACAGCACCUGGAUGAACAUCAGAGGAUGCUCUGCUGACCAACCAGAGAGGAUCCCCGAAAACAUGUUUACACCAAGAAAAUUAGUCGCAGAGAGACGCUGUGGUGUUGUUUUGGAAAAAAUUCCUAUAAUGUCUCCAGCUAAGAUGUUUGCUUAUAUGAAGGAGAGAGAAAGCAAAAGGGAACGGCGGGGAGUUCAUGAAGUUAUCAAUACCACGAGGGACAUCUUUAAUGCAGUUAACUCCCUUAGGUCCGGAGACAGUCCUCUCUCCACACCCCACAGUGUUGCUGAGAGGGACAACAGCGUGUUUACAAAUACCUCAGAAAGUGAUGUUCCUGUAAGCCGGCGCAUAUCAGAGUCAGCUGACUGCCAGUCAGACGCCGACCCCUCCGCGGACGCUCUGACCUCGGCUGUGUCGGCGAAGCCCGUUUUGCUCGAAGACCCGCUUGUGCUCAAUUCUCCGCAGAUCUUGGUGCCGAAGAGACAAGAGGCUGUGUUCAAGUGCAACAAGUGGCCUAAGCAAGCGACAUUCCCCAGCGAGAGUGUGAUUUAUCUCAAAAAGUGGUUCCUGAGGAAAAACAGCAAGGGCCUCUUUGUUGAUGGAAUCCAUGGGGAAGACAACAUACCAUGGAACAGUAAUGUCAUCAUGCACAGGGUUUCUAAAUCUAUGAUAAAGACCAUCUCCGGCAGGGUUUACAUCCUGGUUGGGAAGAUGAACUUAAAAGUUGAAUCUGAGUUUCCCAGGUGGUUUUUGAAAAAGUUUGAAAGGGGUUUUCCUCCUAACUGGAAGGCGCUUUACGACAAGAUGCUGACAGAGUCGAGAGACAACCAAGGCAGAGGAAGACAGAAGAAAAGUGAAAGUAGUGGUAUCAAAUCGAAACAAAAAUCGGAGGCCUCCGUCAUCAACAGUUCUGUGAAGCAGCAAACUUCCUUUAUGACACCUGAUUCCUGCCCUCCCAUGGGUGCCUCCUCCUCUAGCAUGAAAGUGUCUCGAAGUGGUCGAGUAAUCAAACCACCUCUGGAGUACUGGAAAGGAGGGCGCGUCAUUCUAGAUGCAUUCAUGAACGUUACCAUCCAUGAAUGUUAUAAUACCUCCAUCUGCAACUCUGAGGUCAAUACAACAUUGUCUACAGGGAUGUCGCAGGAGCCCGUCCGUGUGUUCUUGCCCUGCAGUGAAGGAGAAAAGGAGGCAUCAGUAUCACUGAGGAAGGUCAAGGCUCCUCUUCACAGACGCAACAGAGUCAAGGCUAAACCAGACGGCAAUCACUCUGAUUUUCUCGAACCUGCUGCAGAGCUACUUAGGAGCCCUGAGGAAGGGGCAGGAAGAAUAACAAGGUCUGGCCAAAAGUGUCCUGCUAAAGAAAGAGAACUACAUGUGGACACUGUCCUAAAACACCACAGUGAUAAUGAAAAGUCUUCAGCACAGAGGUCACAAAAACGGUCACAGGGCAGCUGUAGGGCUUCAGCAAGAUUAUCUAAAAGUAAACAGGCUGUCAUAAAUUCCCCAGAAACUCCUCCAGUUAAAAUAUUACAGCAGCUGUCAUCAAAUGAUGAGUUAUCUAUUAAGAGGAAGAAGCGAGGACACAGUAAAGACAGCAGGAAUGCUCACAGGGAGUCAAAGUCGAGCCACAGCUCUGCAGCAAACAACUCACCAGGAUCUGAAGAGCAAAACGAGAACAGAGAGUAUUCAGCACAGAAGUCCCAAAAACAUGGGUCACAUGCCACUCGCAGGCCUGCAAAAAGAGUAAAUACAAGAAAACAGAUGGUCACAAAUCCCCUAGACUCUCCCCCAGUGAAUGAUGAAACAUCACAGAAUCUGUCAUCGGACGAUGAGUUACCCAUGAGGAGACGGAGGGGAAGGAAAGGAGCGCACAGUAAAAGCAGUAGAAAUGCUCGUAGCAGGCCUCAGCCAAAACAUGGGUCCUCAUCCACCAAGUCAGAGGAUUCAGAUAACUUGAUGAGGCACAAACCAAAACACAAGUCAAGCAAAUCCACCAGAGCACCAGCACCCACAAAGACUUUGGGUGCGCCCACGCAAUCCAGCAAGAAACACAGUACGAACGAGGGCAACAUACCGCCGGAGCACGAUGAGGAUAAGUGGACAGAGGCAGAGCUGAUGAGACUACAAGAGGCUGUGUCCUACUAUCCUAAGCACAUGGCAAAUUACUGGGCAAAGGUAGCACGGAUGGUGGGAACCCGUACUGCAGAAGAGUGCCACAGCCAGCACACAUCCCAGGGAGCAUCGCACACUCCUGCUAAGAAAGCCACAAAACCCAAAAAGAAAAAGAUGGAGUCACCCAAAGCUCCAGAUCAUCCUGUGAUAUCAGCCCGAGCGGGAACCUUAAAGAGAAAACAGCAAGUGCGUCAGUUUUUGGAGACUAUGCCCAGAGACAAUGUUGAUGACGUUUUCAGCUCUGAAUACAUGCAGAACAAGCGCUUUGAGCUCCGUUCCUUGUGUUCCGAGGACGAGGAAGACUUGGCAGUGUCGGACCUGGAACCCUUGACCCCUAUGCCAACACGUUUCCCUGAAGUAAAGACUCCUCAGUGUCUGCAUAUCACUCCAGGCAUGAUGGGUUCUCCAAACAGGGACAAUGACGACAAGUACGUGUAUCAACUGCAGAAGAGGAUUAAAAAAAAUCAGUUUAACGCCUGCAAGCUCCCACCUCCUUCAAAGAGCUUCACACCCACACCAUCAGUUAAAAGAACAAUGAGAAGAUGUGGCAACACAGAAAAUGAUACAUUCGUGGUUUGGGAGAUGUUCCCUGGAAACAAUGAGGCGUUGUCUGAAAGUGAAGAAGAGGAGGAUUUCUACUUCUCAGAUAACGACUGAUCAAAGUCAGAAAUGAAAUGUCAUGUUAUUUAUUUUAUUUCAAAUAAAUCAAAUUAGCAGAGGAAAGGUGGGAUCCCCCCCUACCUUGAGUCAUGAACAGCAAAACAUCUGUUGCCAGUCUUUCUCACCACGUCAAUGUACAUAACUUCCAAUGUUGUAACGUAUAAACAUUUUUGUGUUGAGACAAUGUGGUCUACAUUUAAUAGUUGCAAAUGUAAAAUUAAUUUUAAUAGAGAAUAAAAAAAGAACUGCUGCUGUCUUGCAGUACAUCCUUGUAAAUAUAGUGUAAAUAUAGUUUUUGUGCAUUUCUUUUAUAUACCAAAGGGUUACUUAUAAUAAACC